AAAUCAUUUCAGCCAUAGAAGUGUGAAAACACCAGAAACAUAAAUACUCAACAUUUUUGUAAACUGAAUAAUUAAACACCUUUUAAACAAAAAAUAAUGUCUGAAGGAGUUGAGGUAAAAUUGGAGAAAGAAGACUGCCAAUCAGAGGUCAAAUUAGACGCCGAGGAAAGCAGUGGAAAAGUAUUGUUUAAAAAGAAGCCACGGAAGAAUCUACGUCAGAGAAAGCCCUCACAUUCAGACGAGGAGGAAAAGCAAGAUGAGGAAAUCGCCGUACUUGAAGAAAUCAAAGAGCGACAAAAAUUGCGCCAGCGGCCCCAUGGUGUAAGUGUUAUCGGCUUGGCGUUGGGCAAGAAAUUGGCGCCGGAAGAAGAAAUCGCCAUUAAAGACCCGUUUAAUGUUAAAGUUGGUGGCCUCGUGAAUAUGCAGGCGCUGAAAUCCGGCAAACUAAAAGAGCCAGAAGACGCUUACGAUGUAGGCAUUGGCACACAGUUCUCUGCGGAAACAAAUAAACGAGAUGAAGAUGAAGAAAUGAUGAAAUAUAUUGAACAAGAAUUGCAAAAAAGAAAAGGACUUUCUAAGGCAAACGCCGAUACUGAAGAGGGUGAUCCAAACAAGUACCUCACACCUGAAGAGGCUGCACUGCUGGCGUUGCCUGAUCAUCUGCGACAGUCUUCAUCAAACCGUUCGGAAGAAAUGUUAUCCAAUCAAAUGUUAAAUGGUAUACCUGAAGUGGAUUUAGGUAUUGACGCGAAAAUAAAAAAUAUCGAAGCGACUGAGGAUGCCAAACAAAAGCUGCUGCAAGAUCAAAAGAACAAGAAAGAUGGCCCAUCACAGUUUGUGCCAACAAACAUGGCAGUGAAUUUCAUGCAACAUAAUCGAUUUAACAUUGAAGAUAGCGACCAAAAACGUCGCAAACGCGAUUAUGUUGCCCAAAAUGCCCCACAACAGCAACAACAUUCCUAUCAGCAAGCUGGUGCGGUGAACGGCGUCAAACGCGCAACAGAUGACUACCAUUAUGAUAAAUUUAAGAAACAAUUUCGUCGUUAUUAAAAUGAUUCAGUUGGAAACAAUACAUUUUUUAAGCAAAAACCGCAACCGACUUCGAUGCUCGUAUAAAUAUGGAGGAGUACCAUUAAUUUCUUCUUGAUCCAAUGUUUGGAACUAAACCAAAUUAGUAUGGGACCAUGGUACCUUGAG